GACCUAUUAAUUUAAGGGGCAACCGUGUCCUGGACUCUCUCUCUCUCUCUCUCUCUCUCUCUCUCUAGAUUCCUUCCAACCAUAUAUAUCUACAUGUAUGUGGGACUUGAGCAUAUGCAUAGGUGAGUAGAAUACACAGACAACACAUUUCGGAGAGGGUUUAUAGCACACCUGAAAUCAAAACAAGGAUGCCGGGCUUGUGCAUGAAUCGUGCUGCAACGAGUGUUCGUGUGAGCAUCCGUUCUCGAGUCCGAGUGCGUUCGCCUUCUCAGCAAUACAAGAAAACUGCCAGUUUCAUUAAAGCAGAAGAGAAGUCUGAGAUCCCGAAUGAAAUCCAGGAAUUCAGCUUCAAUAAUUACUUGCCCGAGUCUGAAUCUGGGAACAGAGUCAUGGUUGUAGUUGAUUCCAGCCCGGAAGCUAAAGGGGCUCUGGAGUGGGCGUUGUCGCACACUGUUCAAAGCCAGGACACAAUUAUUCUUUUACAUGUUGCCAAACAAGAUGGAAAAAUGGAUGGGGAAGUUGAUCAAAGGGCAUAUGAUCUUCUUCGCUCCACAAGAAAUACUUGUCAACUAAAAAGACCUGAGGUGCGUGUAGAGAUGGCAGUUCGAGAAGGAAAGCAAAAGGGCCCAACAAUUGUUGAAGAAGCAAAGCGAUUACAGGCCUCACUGCUGGUUCUGGGACACCGAAGGCAGUCGUUUUUAAGGCGCCUGCAGAUGAUCUGGGUAAGCAAAAGGACUCGGAGCAGGGUUGUCGAUUACUGCAUACAAAAUGCUAAUUGCAUGACAAUUGCAGUGAGAAGGAAAAGCAGGAAAUAUGGAGGAUAUUUGAUCACCACAAAACGUCACAAGAACUUUUGGCUUCUAGCCUGACAAUAUGGUUAUCUUGAUAAUUUGAGCUUUGAUGUGCACAGGGCUUUUUAUGGGAGCAAAAUGCAUAUUGUUCUACGCAUGUUACCUGAAAGGAAACCAAUU